UUUCAACCGGAAGCAGUUUUCGUGUCAAAGGUCGCCCACAUUGUUCCUGCGCGGUACUCUGUUUCACAUAGCAAUGAAUGAAGUUUUACUCAAAUAAGAUUUCUAUCGCACAACCAGAGAGGGUAACCGAGUGACCGCAACGUUAGUGUGUGCACAAUAUAAUAUAAUAUAAUAUAAUAUAAUAUAACAGCUUCAUCUUAUUUGAGUUCAGAGACCAGAAAAUAAAUGGCUGGAAUUCUGUUUGAGGACAUCUUUGAUGUAAAAGACAUUGAUCCAGAUGGCAAGAAAUUUGACAGAGUGUCUCGUCUACAUUGUGAAAGUGAAUCUUUCAAGAUGGACCUCGUCUUGGAUGUGAACAUUCAGAUCUAUCCUGUUGAUCUUGGUGACAAGUUCAGACUGGUUAUUGCCAGUACAUUAUAUGAAGAUGGAACACCGGAUGACGGAGAGUAUAAUCCUCAGGAUGACCGGCCGUCUAGAGCCGACCAGUUUGAUUAUGUGAUGUACGGGAAGGUUUACAAGAUUGAAGGCGAUGAGACUUCAACAGAAGCGGCCACACGCCUCUCUGCCUAUGUGUCUUAUGGUGGCCUUCUCAUGAGGCUGCAGGGAGACGCCAACAACCUUCACGGCUUUGAGGUGGACUCCAGGGUUUACCUCCUCAUGAAGAAACUGGCCUUCUAAAACCCAACUCUGCUCACCCACUUACCUGGGUUCUUCCUCUGCCACAGUCAACCUUAAAGUCAUACUGAGCUGCAAACUGAAAACAUUCAUGUUCCCAAGUGUGGAGCACCUGUUCAUCUCCAAGAGCAGCUCACAGACAGAGCACAUGGAGGCUGUAGAAAACAUAUUUUGUUUUUUAUUCUCACAGUUAUGAAAUGUUUUAUCCAAGGAGAUGGACUACAAACUAAAGACUGUGACAUUUAAAGUACUGCUGCAACCCCCAUCUGCUGGCAAACUGUAAAUAAAGAUUUCUUUUAUACAAAA